ACGCGAGUUUCGCCGAGUACGCGUGCGCGGCAGUUUUCACCGCCCCUCACGAGGCCCCACCUUCUCACCCUAUAACGACGGGAGCCUCCAGGGGUGUCCACGUGAGCGCACGUGAGCGCGCGCGAGCCUGUUUCCCCCCCCUCCAGUCACGUGACCGCUGACUCGGGGCGUUCUCCACUACCGGCUACCUACCUCUCCCUCGCGGAACCCGGCGAUAUGGCUACCGCCGUACCCCGCGCAGCGUCUCUCUCCCCGCUGCUUCCCGUUCUCCUGGGCUUCCUGCUCCUUUCCGCUCCGCAUGGCGGCAGCGGCCUGCACACCAAGGGCGCCCUUCCCCUGGAUACAGUCACUUUCUACAAGGUCAUUCCCAAAAGCAAGUUCGUCUUGGUGAAGUUCGACACCCAGUACCCCUACGGUGAGAAGCAGGAUGAGUUCAAGCGUCUUGCUGAAAACUCGGCUUCCAGCGAUGAUCUCUUGGUGGCAGAGGUGGGGAUCUCAGAUUAUGGUGACAAGCUGAACAUGGAACUGAGUGAGAAAUACAAGCUGGAUAAAGAGAGCUACCCAGUCUUCUACCUCUUCCGGGAUGGGGACUUUGAGCAUCCAGUCCCAUAUACUGGGGCAAUUAAGGUUGGAGCCAUCCAGCGCUGGCUGAAGGGCCAAGGGGUCUACCUAGGUAUGCCUGGUUGCCUGCCAGCAUACGACGCUCUAGCUGGGGAGUUCAUCAGGGCCUCUGGUGUGGAGGCCCGCCAGGCCCUCUUGAAGCGGGGGCAGGAUAAUCUUUCAAGUGUGAAGGAGACUGAGAAGAAGUGGGCUGAGCAAUACCUAAAGAUCAUGGGGAAGAUCUUAGACCAAGGGGAGGACUUCCCAGUAUCAGAGAUGACACGGAUCGCCAGGCUGAUUGAGAAGAACAAGAUGAGUGACGGGAAGAAGGAGGAGCUCCAGAAGAGCUUAAACAUCCUGACUGCCUUCCAGAAGAAAGGGGCUGAGAAAGAGGAGCUGUAAAAAGGCUCUCUAUGGUUUUCCAGGGUUUGGUGGGGUUGGGGAGGGAGAGUUAACCUGCUGGCUGUGAGUCCCUUGUGGAAUAUAAGGGGGUGGUGGGAAAAGUGGUACUAACCCACAGUUCUGAGCCCUGCUUCUGCCUGGACAUUAAUGCUGAUAUGACCAUGCUUAGGAUGUCUCUAGCUGGUCUGGGGAUAGCUGGAGCCCUUACUCAGGUGGCUGGUGAGUUGACCCCUCAGAAGGAAUUGGUGCUAUAAAGAGGAGAGAGGAGUAUUCGGCCCAGGUCUUUGACAGGUGUAAAUCUGAUUCAAUUAAAGUUUCAGUGUUUUGGUUAAGUGGA